AUGUCGUCUUCAUCCCAGCUCAAUCCUGAGCAGGCACAAGUCUUAGAUAUCGUCCGUGGCUUCCACGAGUAUUUCAGUUCUCCGCCCCCAUUCAAAGAAGGCCAUCAUUUCACCCUACCCCAUGGCCUAAUCACCGUUCCUUUCCCACCAGAGAUAGGUGGUCUCAAGACAGAACGCUUUGAUGAUAUGUAUGAGCGCGUUGGUAGAUUGCUCGCUAAACAACAAGAGUCCGGCUUCAAACAUGAAUUGGCAGAACCAGGUGCGGAGGUAUGGGUAUCUCAAGAUAUAGCUGCUGUGUUUGUGGGUUGGUCUGCCUCCAUGGAUGCCCGUGGCGAGUUUGUCCACACUGCUCACCUGUGCACCCUGCACCGUCAAAUCCUGAGCGACGGAAAUCCAUGGCGUAUUUCAGCAUUGGUUGAUAUGAUGCAUUUAUCACCUGAGCAGCCAGUGCCGUCAGUCGAGACAGGCCCAGUGUCAGAGAUCAUCGCUCCAUUCCAAGAGUUUCUUGCGAGCAUUAAAGCUCAAGACUGGGAGGCGAGCCGUGCCCUGCUAUUACCUGGUGCAGGGGCUACGAUAUCGAAAGAUGGUCAUGCACCAGAGACAUUCAUGUGGCCGGAAUUCAUUGAGCAUCUACAGCAAGAAGCUCAGAGUGAACCGAAAAUUGAGAAGCGGCUUCUUAACUGCGAGGCACGGCGUUGUAGCGAUCUAGGCUUCGUUUGGGCACCGUUCGUGGUUCAGGUUGAUGGUGUUGAGAUUUCACAUGGAUCUAAGAUAUCUCCUCAGGUCGACAUUUAUGGAUAA